CAUGUAUAAACUGGGGAACGUUGGCUAUCGCGCUGAUAAGGCAUUUGUAUAAAUACGUGGACGUUGGAGCAAUUGCAAAAUAAGAAGUGCUCCAAAAUCAACAUGAUUAUGGCUCUAUUACCGAUCAUUAUUGCUGUCAUGACAGCCGCUUUUAUAGCGCAGACGGGAGCGAGCGCCCUAUGUGAUGAUGGCUGGACGGCAUACGGUUCUUCUUGCUACUUCUCUGAUGACAAAACGCAAAUGCACUGGGCAGAAGGAACGAAUUACUGCCAGGCGCAUGGGGGCGCUUACAUCACGACCAUCCAAUCAGAGGGCGAGUUUCUUUUCUUGCAGGACAUGUGCAGGCGUCUUUUUAAAAAUGACAGAAACAAUUUUUUCUACCUGGGGGCAACUGACGAAGAAAUAGAAGGCAUUUGGCGAUGGUACACAGACAACAGCCUAGUAAAUGAAGGCUAUCAUAAUUGGUCUCCGGGGCAGCCCAACGCAAGAGUUAAUGAGAAUUGUGCCGUGCUUUGGGGUCCAAAUGACUAUACUUGGCAUGAUCAUUUUUGUAACGAAAACGCGUACGUCAUAUGCGAGAAACCAGGACUAAAAAGGCCAGAAGUCGUCGGAUAGACAUGCAUAACGCAUAACUGCAUUUCUUAACUACUGACAUUGAGCAUGUAAUAAAAUAUUGCAAGACGCAACAAAUA